AUGAGUGAUCCAAAUGUUAUUUAUGGUGGAGAUAUAGAAGAACCUGUCAAUUAUGCUACUUUGGGAGAGAUGAUGGUGUCGUGCUUUAGAGAUGGCGGUGAUAAAAUAGCAUUGAUUAAUGCAGAAACCGAUGAAAAAUGGACUUUCAACAAGCUUUUGAAAGAAAGCAUCAUUAUGGCAAAAGCACUUUAUGGAGCUGGUAUUCGUCAAAAUGAAAUUGUCGGAAUUUUAUGUGAUAAUAGACACGAAUUUGCUUCUAUUUCGUAUGGAACAAUAUUUCUUAAUGCUGUAUUAGCACCAGCUAAUUAUGCAUAUACUGAACGUGAAGUUAAACAUACGUUUGAUACAACUCUACCCAAAUUUGUGUUCGUUUCAUCACUCGCUGAAUCAGUCGUACCUGCUCUCAAAAACUUUAAAUAUGUAGAGAAAAUAAUUUUAAUUGACGGAGAAAAUAUUGAUGACGGAAAACUCAUAUCAUUAAAGAAUUUUAUCAAAAAAUACGGAAAUAAUGAUUUUGAUGUUGAGAAACUAGUCCAACAACCAAUUGAUUUAUAUGACCAAGUCGCAGUCAUAUUUAUGUCUAGUGGGACGACUGGAUUCCCAAAGGGCGUUCAGACCACCCAUGGUAAUUUAAUAUCCUGCGUUGCUUACAAUCUUGAGCGAGUAAGUUUGACAAAAGAUUUAUUUGAAACUAAAAUUCAGUUCUCGUUGGCACCAUUUUUUCACGGAAUGGGUUUCAUUGGCAAAUUAUUUGCAACCACUUCACGAGAGAUUACUUUAGCAUUUUUAAACAAAUUUGAUCCUGAUUUAUACCUUGGAACUAUACAAAAAUAUAAAAUUGAGAUAUUGACAGUUCCACCUCCAAUUGUGGUCUUUCUGGCCAAAUCACCACUAUUUGAUACUUACGAUUUAUCAAGUUUAAAGCUGAUAAUAUGUGCAGCUGCUCCUUUGUCACAAGAAACAGAAACACAAGUAAAAGAAAGGUUUAACAACGAAAUAUUUCUCAUACAAGCUUAUGGACAAUCCGAAGCAACAUUAGCUGUUUUAUAUGGACAAGCUGGAACAGCAAAACCUGGUUCAGUUGGAGAAAUUAUCAAAGGAAUGAGUGUGAAAAUAAUUGAUGAGCAAACUGGAGUUAGUUUAGGAAAGAACAAAGUUGGAGAAUUGUGUCUUAAAGGGCCAUUUUUAAUGAAAGGAUAUAUUAACAAUCCACGAGCAACAGCUGAAACAAUUGAUACAGAAGGAUGGCUUCAUACUGGAGAUUUGGCAUAUUAUGAUGAAGACAAUCAAUUUUUCAUUGUUGAUCGCUUAAAAGAACUAAUAAAAUACAAAGGAUUUCAAGUGGCACCAGCUGAACUUGAGGGUCUUCUCCUUUCAAAUCCGAAAAUUAAGGAUGCUGGUGUAAUUGGUAUACCUGACGAAUUAGCAGGAGAACUUCCAUUUGCGUUUGUUGUUAAGGAACUAGGAGUAGAUUUGACAGAACAAGAUGUGAAAGAUUUUGUUGCUCAAAAUGCAAGUAAUACAAAAUGGCUUCGAGGAGGUGUCAAGUUUGUCGACGAAAUACCAAAAAAUCCAAUCGGAAAAAUUAUGAGAAGGGACUUGAAAGAUUUGUUCAAAAGUUUGAAGGCAAAAUUAUAA